AUGAUCAAGGGCCAAGUCAUCAUUGUUGGUGCCGGUGUUUUAGGCCUCAGCUGUGCCUUACAGCUGUCUCGAUCUGGCUAUACAGUCACAGUCAUCGCUCGAGACCUUCCUGGUGAUUCACAUAUCGAUUAUGCCUCUCCAUGGGCUGGGGCCCACUUCCGCCCCUCCCCCGCAAAAACGCCAGUAGAGCAGCUCGAACAACGAUUGAUGCGGGACACGUACAGCGAGCUUGAGAGACUGGCAAAGGAGCAUCCUGAGUCCGGCGUCAAGAUUGUCCCGGCGAUUGAAUACUUUGACUCUGCUGAGGCGGACUCGUUCCUAGCCAAGGAGAAUGGCUACAUUGACUGGCCCGAUUUUCGGAUCCUAAAGUCGGAGGAAUAUCCUGCGGAUCAUGAGUCGAUUCAAUUGGGUGUCACCUACCGCAGCUGGGUCUUGAACUCUCCAGUAUACUUGCAGUGGUGUCGGAAGCAGGCUGAAGAGCAGGGUGUUGGGUUCGUUCGUGCAACUGUAGCAUCCAUGGACGAAGCGGUCUCGAUCUUCCAACAAGAAAAGAGAGGAAAUGAGGGAAGUGACAUCCGGGCCGUCAUCAAUGCGACAGGUCGUGGAUUGAAUGAUCCCGACUCCUUUCCAUCUCGUGGUCAGUUCAUCAUUGUGUCCAAUCAAUGCGACAAGACGAUCAGCCACCAUUGGGCAGAUGGCUCAUCGACUGUGAUCAUUCCCCGGCCUCUGGGAGGAGGUACAGUUAUUGGUGGGACAAAGGAGCCUAAUAAUUGGUCUGAGGACAUAUCUGAUACUGCCACUGAAACAAUCCUUGCAAGGGUUGCAGGGAUCUGUCCUGAGCUGAUCGACCGGGAGAACCCUGUUACUGAGAAUACUCAAGGAUUUGACAUUCGUCAGGUCUACAUUGCUCGUCGACCCAUGCGACGAGGCGGUUUGCGCCUGGAAAAGGAAAAUAUGAACCAGGGUAUUCCUCUCAUCCACUGCUACGGCGCUGGUGCGAGUGGUUUCAAAAUAAGUUGGGGAGUGGCCAGACAGGUCGAGCUCCUGGUUGCUGAUACUCAGCUUCUUGUGAAUAAUCCUUUAGAGACAUCAUGA